UUUUUUUUUUUUUUAAAUACUUUCAAUUUUUCCUUGCUAUUUAAUCCAAAGUCUCUGUUCUUAAUCUUUGUUUGAUUUUAUUACACUUUUUUUCCUUACAAAUCCCCAUUAGUUUCUCCCACUUUCUCUCUCUUUUUAUCUAUCCUUUCACAGUCACCAAACAGGGAUGCAGCCAGCCAUCCCCUUGCCUCUUCUAUCUCUUCAAUAAUUCUCUCUUUAGGGGUAGUAGAAAAGUUCCAACCUACAAAACUAAAACGAUAAUAUUCGUGUUCUCUUCUUCCCUUCCUCUCUCUCUCUCUCUCUUCAUCCAUUUCUUUCUUUUUGGUUUCUCCUCUCAAAGUCUUCUGUGUUGCAGAAUUGACUUUUUUGAGUUCUGUGGAAUAGUCUAAAAUCUGGGUCUUUCCCUGGUUAACUAAGGCCUUGUUUAUUGGGUGAUAUGAAGUAAUAUCAGUACGAACUGAUACUAGGAGAAAAAGGUCGUUUGAUAAACUUGAAGCUUAUUGGUUGAUUCAGAGAUUCCCUCAAUUUUCAGACUUUUUUGGGGUCCUAUCUUGGAAUAAUGAUGAUGUUCGAUGAGAUGGGAAUUUGUGGGGAUAUGGAUUUCUUCAGUGCUCCUCUUGGGGAAAAAGAUGUGGCAGCCUCACAAACUGAACCAGAGGCGACAGUAGAGGAUGAUUAUUCUGAUGAAGAGAUUGAUGUGGAUGAACUUGAGAGGAGGAUGUGGAGGUACAAAUUGCGUAUCAAACGGCUUAAAGAACAGAAUAAGGGCAAGGAAGGAAUUGAUAUUGCCAAACAGCGCCAGUCUCAAGAACAGGCAAGGAGAAAGAAGAUGUCCAGGGCACAGGAUGGAAUAUUGAAGUACAUGUUGAAGAUGAUGGAAGUUUGCAAGGCCCAAGGUUUUGUUUAUGGGAUUAUUCCAGAAAAGGGAAAGCCAGUAACUGGGGCAUCUGACAAUCUUCGAGAAUGGUGGAAGGAUAAAGUUAGGUUUGAUCGUAAUGGUCCUGCUGCUAUUGCAAAGUACCAGGCAGAUAAUUCGAUUCCUGGCAAGAAUGAUGGCUGUAACUCAAUCGGCCCAACACCUCACACCUUGCAAGAACUUCAAGAUACAACUCUUGGUUCUCUUUUGUCUGCACUGAUGCAGCACUGUGAUCCUCCUCAGAGGCGAUUUCCUUUAGAGAAAGGUGUUCACCCACCGUGGUGGCCUUCUGGAAAUGAGGAAUGGUGGCCUCAACUGGGAUUGUCUAAAGAUCAGGGCCCUCCCCCUUAUAAGAAACCUCAUGACUUGAAGAAGGCUUGGAAAGUGGGGGUUCUCACAGCAGUAAUCAAGCAUAUGUCUCCUGAUAUUGCCAAGAUUCGCAAGCUUGUAAGGCAGUCUAAGUGCUUGCAGGACAAGAUGACAGCAAAGGAAAGUGCAACUUGGCUUGCUAUAAUUAACCAGGAGGAGGCCUUGGCCCGGGAACUUUACCCUGAGUCCUGCCCACCUUUGUCCUCUGGUGGAGGAAGUGGGUCUUUGGUUAUAAAUGACUGCAGUGAGUAUGAUGUUGAAGGGGCUGAAGACGAGCCAAACUUCGAUGUGCAAGAGCGCAAACCUGGGAAUCACAAUUCAUCUAAUUUGGCCAUGGAUAUAAUGAGGGCCGUCCAACAACCACCAUAUCCUGUUAAGGGAGAAGUUGUCAAUAAUUUGGAUUUCUUGCGAAAGAGGAAACCAUCCAAUGAAUUAAACAUGAUGGAACACAAGAUCCACACUUGCGAGUUCCGCCAGUGUCCUUAUAGUGAACUUCGCAUGGGUUUCCAUGACCGGACUGCCAGGGACAAUCAUCAAUUAACUUGUCCAUAUAGAAACUCAUCUGCACAGUUCAGUGGUUCAAAUUUUAAUGUUAACGAAGUCAAGCCAGUCAUUUUCACCCAACCUUUUGCACAAUCGAAACCAGCUGCACUAUCUAUGACUUCUGUCCCAACAACCUUUGAUCUUUCUGGACUUGGAGUUCCAGAAGAUGGGCAGAAAAUGAUCACUGAUCUCAUGACAAUAUAUGAUAACAUUCAAGGCAACAAGAACAUGAAUCCUGGUAACAAUCCAGUUACAGAAGGUCAAAAUCUUAUUCAGCCAAAAAUCCAACAGCAACAGGAUGAAUUCUUCCGUGGCCAAGGUGUCAUGAUGGAGGGAAGCUUCUUCGAGGAGUCCAGCAUGCUGAAUAAUCAACAGGUGUUUCCACAAGGGGAUGGUCAAUUUGACCGGUUUAAGAGCUUGAAUUCUCCGUUCGAGACCAACCACAAUAACAACAGCUUCCAGUUGAUGUUUGGUUCUCCAUUCGAUUUGGCUACUUUUGAUUACAAGGAAGAUAUACAAGCAGUUGGGAUGGAUACCAUGCCAAAGCAGGAUGUUUCAAUCUGGUUCCAGUAACAAGGUCAAGGCCAAAGUGGUUUUUUAUCCACCUAGCGCAACUGAGCAGUUUGUUCUUCCAGGGAGGUCUACCUUACUCCUCUUGGUAUGCCUAAGGCCUGGCGACACAUGCACUGGCUAAAACCUUUUUUUUUUACAUGUUAUUGUAUUUUUCCUCCUGUCUGUAGCUGUAGAGGUUAGCAAGUUUAGCAGGACUUCAUCUGGGCUUCAAUAAAAAAGUGGAAAGACCUAUGAUCCUGCUACUUAUUUACAUAGAAUGUGACUGUCUCAUAAAUAAGUUAGUUGUAUUUUCUCUGUGGUUUUCUCUUUCUUUCGUUUUCACCUGUUGUUUUGAACUUUUAGUCAGUUUUCUACCAUUAUCAUGUUUGGGUAGGAAUCUGAUUAUGAGUGUUUUGUCCUGUAAUGGGUACAUAGUGGAUGGGUCUGUUGAAUGGAAACUGUUGUCUUUUAAUGAA